AUGGCUAGAAUCCCAUGUGAUGGUGGAUUCUACCUAUCAUCUGAAGGCCAAGGUUGUAAACCCUGUAGAAAAGGAACAUAUAGUAGCGGAGGUUAUAGCGGUGAUUCCUUCAAAACAGAUUGUCGCCCAUGUCCUAACGGUAAAACUGUAGCAGCAGGGGAAGGCACGGAACAGUCUGAUUGUUUGGCUUGUACCGCUGGAAAGUACAUGACUGACAGUGAAUGUCAACAAUGCGGAGCUAACAGUUACAGCAACGACGGAGCAGUUGGAAUUGACUCUUGUACUGGAUGUCCCGAUAGCAAAACAUCGCCAGCUGGUUCUACAUCAGAGGAUGCUUGCACAUAUGUUUCCUGUACUGCUGGAGACUACAUGACUACCAGUGGAUGUGUAAAAUGUGGAGCAGACAAAACAUCAAAAGAUGGGUCUAAAUCAGAGGCUGAUUGCACAUACGUUCCCUGUACUGCUGGAUACUACAUGACUGACAAUGGAUGUCAACAAUGCGGAGACAAUCAGUACAGUGGUGCCGAAGCUGCUUCUUGUACUGAUUGUCCAGAAGAUAAAAUAUCAGCGGCUGGGUCUACAUCAGAAGAUGACUGCAGAUACGCUCCCUGUACGGCUGGAAAAUACAUGACUGACAGUGGAUGUGAACAAUGUCCCUACUACAAAACAUCAGUAGCUGGGUCUAAAUCUGUUGAUCACUGCGAAUACGAAGUAACACUGGACUGCAAACCUGCCUCCCAAAAAGUAGGAAGACCAGCCACACUCACAGCGGAACUCAACAAAGCAACAACCUGGGACACGAUAACCUGGAAGGUGGGAAAACUCAAUCACGUGACCUGCAAUAGUGACUGUGAGGAAGUGGAUCUGAAGUUACUACACCAGACAGAGAAGGUAACGGGAAGCAGGAAUGUUUGACUACACUGUGGAGAUGGAGAAGAAGGGGUCUACAG